AUUCCAUUUUCUAUUGAAUUUUUUUCCUUCUCUUUCUUUGAAGCUUCACUUUUCUCGCUCAUAGUCCUUAAUGGUUCAGUUUAAAUGUUCAUCUUUUUUAAAUCAUAAUCGAAAUUGAAGAAAAAAAUAAUCUUAAUUAGCUGAUUCUCCAUGUGUAAUGGUCUUCACAAUUAAAAUUAUUUUCUUCUAAUUAGCCAAAUUGUCUAAAAAUGAUCCAAAUUAACCACAACACUAUCAAUAUCUUUCUUUUAACCUUCCAAUUGGCUCAUGUUAAUUUCCCAUUGACUUCAAGUCUCUGGUUCAUUUAACAUGUUCCUAAGGUGACAAUUUAAUCACAAACAAUUAGCCUCUUAAUUGAAACCAUUUUCAUGGUGAUUGUGAAAAAUAAAAAGUGUACAACAUGAUCUGAUAUGUUUACCCAUUUGAUUGAUUGUUGUCUUAAUAAUAAUUCAAUUUGAAUCAAUUACCAUUUCCAUCAUUUACUAUUGAUUACGAUGAUUAAAGGUUAUUUUGUUUACCUGGUGAAUUUGGUUAGUUCCGGUUGUCAUAAUCUGUCAAUUUGAAUAAUCAAAUACAUUAAUUAUCGUUGAUUAUGAUUAAUUUUAAUUGACUGAAUAACGAAGAGAUGUCAGCAUUGGUUAAUGGUGGAAAAGUUAAUUAGAGAGCAUGAGGAAAACUGUUUGUAGGUUGAGUCUUAGUAAUUUCUUAAUUCUGUAACUGAUUAUCACUAUUAGCAAAUAAUCACAUCGACGAUAAUCACGAUUAAUCUUUUAAUUUUGUUAUAAUAUUGUUAACAAUCAACAUCCAUUUUUCUAACCAUCAAAAAUGAUUAUCAGAAACAAAUUCAACUCCACUCAGGAUAUUCACAGGAAAACAACAACAACCACAACAACCAGUGAUCGAUUAAAGUUAACCAAUAAAGUGAAAUUCAAUCAGUCAACAAUUAAAAAUAAUGAAACCUCAAGUUACAAAAAGUCAACUCUAAUUGAGAUUAAACAAUUACCAGAUUUAUGUUUACCUGUUAAUCCUAAUCAUCAUCAUAAUUUACUUCGAUCUAAUCAACAAAGGCAAUCAGAUUUACCGGUGAUGGCGAGUAAUCUUAAUAAUAAUGUUGAGAAUCAGCAAAAUAUUAACAACGCAAUUAACUCAAACAAUUUAAUCACCAAAGUCGUCACAACCACCAGUCAACAACAACAACCACCAGUAGUUGGAUUGACCAAUAACAAUAACAAUUCAGCGGCUAAUCCAGUUCAAGAGGAUUUACUUCAACCCGGACAUGUAGUUAAAGAGAGAUGGAGAGUCGUUAAAAGAAUCGGCGGCGGAGGUUUUGGUGAAAUCUAUGAAGCCAUCGAUUUAGUGACCCGAGAACACGUAGCGAUGAAAUUGGAAUCAGCUCAACAACAGAAGCAAGUAUUGAAAAUGGAAGUCGCUGUUCUCAAGAAAUUACAAGGGAAAGAACAUGUUUGUCGAUUCAUUGGAUGUGGACGAAAUGAUCGCUUUAAUUACGUUGUUAUGCAACUUCAGGGGAAAAAUUUAGCUGAACUAAGGCGAUCCUGUUCAGCUCGAGCUGGAACAUCUUCAGCAUCGUUUAGCUUGUCAACAACUUUACGUCUUGGUUUACAGAUAUUAAGGUCAAUCGAAGCGAUUCACAAAGUGGGCUUUUUACAUCGAGAUAUUAAACCUUCAAAUUUUGCCAUUGGAAGAAAUAAUCACACCAUUCGAACUGUUUAUAUGCUCGAUUUUGGUUUGGCUCGUCAGUACAUUAUUGCCUCUUCCUCAGCUAAUUCUGUUAAUACUAAUAAUAAUCAAACUCUUGUAUUGGAGCCUAAUCUUACCCUUGGUGGUAAAACUAAUCCAAACUCUACUAGUAACAAACCAAAUGAGCCAACUAAGUUUGAGGUUCGUCCACCUCGAGCUGCGGCUGGAUUCAGGGGGACAGUUCGAUAUGCUUCAAUGAAUGCUCAUAAAAACCGAGAAAUGGGUCGACAUGAUGACCUAUGGUCACUAUUGUAUAUGAUUGUUGAAUUUGUAAAUGGUUUUCUACCUUGGAGAAAGAUAAAAGAUAAAGAGCAAGUUGGACAAAUGAAAGAGCGCUACGAUCAUCGAUUAUUACUUAAGCAUCUUCCUCCUGAUUUUAAACUGUUCCUUGAACAUAUUCAGGGAUUAACUUAUUUCGAUUCACCAGAUUAUGAUUUUCUGGCUUCAAUAUUUGAAAAGUGUAUGAAACGUCGAGGUAUCAAAGAAUCAGAUCCCUAUGAUUGGGAAAUUCAAGAAAAAGAGAUGAAAACAGCUCAAACUCUUCUGGUCACUCCGGUCACUGGCUCACCAAUCACAGCUCUAACUGCUUCCCAACAAUUACAACAGCAAAAUCCACAACAAUCAACUAACCAGUACACACAACAGUUACAACAACAACAACAACAACAGAUCUCAUCAACUGGCCAUGGAAAAGUAAUCGCAACCAAUUCAGUUACCGGUUAUUUCAGUGAGAAUACUCAAAACAAGGAUUCUAAUAAUCAAAUCGCCACUGGAAAUAAUGUCAACAUCAAUUCCAAUGUCAAUGUUACUAAUGAUAAUAGAGUUAAUUUUAAUUCGAAUGCUGAUCGAAGUGGUAAACAUGGUGUUGCAUAUUCGGGUAUUGGAGUUGAACCUUUAAAUGUCCACGAUUGUGGUCAACCAUCGUCAAUACCAACAAAUUUACCGUUACCAAACAAGCCAUCCAAUUCAAAUGGUGCCAAUAUUAAUUAUAAUUCAAUGGAAAGUCAGGAAAAUAUUCAAUCUAAAGUACUUAAAUCUAAAUCGACUACAGCGGUUACUCAUUCAUCACAUGGUAUCGCUCAUGCUGGUAAUAAUAAUAGUGGAAGUGGUCAAGCAAAACCACAGGCUGUUGUCCGACGAAGUAACUCAAAUAGAGUUCAAUCAAGUAAACAACAAUCGGCUUCUAGUCAACAACAAUCAGCUACUGCAGCCGCUGCCGCUGCCGCCUCCGCCGCUGCUGCGGAUAAUAGUCGACGGCAAACAUUAUUUGACAUUAGUGUGACCCAAUUUGCUGUUGCCGAUGAUAUAAGUGCGAUUGGAUUAUCAGGUCAACCUGGAGCUGCUCAAGGAAACACAAAUGGUGCUAAACAAUUAGGCGGUGUUACUUUAGCCUCCCGGUGGGGAAUGUCUUUCGAUGAAGAAAGUGAAGGAGGCGAUGGUGGAGUUGAUGAUGAAGAAGCUAAUAUACAAUUGAUGAGAAAUUCACUCAAUGAUAGAUCACUCAAUCACCCUGAAUCGACUUCAGCUAAACUCAUGGGAAAUUCAUCUUCACCUCAGAAUGUGGCUGCUUGUUCACCAGUUAUUCCUCCCUCACCUUCACCACCCAUCAUGGCCACUUUUCCAUCACGAUAUCAACAUCAACACUCAUCAUCACCUCCUCCACCUCCACUCAUCCCAAACUCCUCUCUACCUCCUCUUACAACCUCUUCAUCCCUCCAGUUAAUAUCAUCCACUCCUAUUAAUACAAUAUCACCAACAUCAUCAACCCAAUUAUUGAAUCAACCAAAUAAAGAGACUAAUCGAUCACCAUUGGAACCAAUCAUCACCAAUUCAAAUUACAAUCAAUCAAAAAAUGAUCUGAUAAUUGAACAUCUCAAAUCCUCUCAUAAGAAUAUAUUAUCUCCAACCAAACAUAGUCCAGAAUCAUCGCCCAAAUCGCAAGAAUCUCCAGAAGCUGAAGAAUCAGUUGAUACUCAACCACCUCCACCUCCAUCACCACCUCAUCAACAAGUCUCACUUAAUCUUGCUCCAUCUCCACCAAACAUUUCCCCUCCACCCGCUAUUAAAAACCCUCCUUGUCCAUUUUCACCCGUCAACAAUGAUGAACAUGAAAAUGCUCCUCUUCAUCUAUCGGGUAUCCAGUCAACUCCUCCAGGAUCACCUUGUACACCAUAUCUAGAAAACAAGGGAACCAUUGAGACCAAUCGUCAACAAAUAUCACCGACAACUGAUGCUAUGAAAAUAAAUAAACGCGAUAAACGGGAAAGUAUAAGACGUCGUCGAGAAUCCCGAUUGAAACCGGCCUCUCGACGAUCUUAUUCUGAUCCUGAACAUUUUAUCGGGAUGAAGAAAAAUCCACAUGGACGAAUCUCUUCCGGCCACGGGUUAUUAUUGGAAGGUUCAUCUUCUAUUGAAAAUAUCACUGGAGGAUUAAGCUUUCUAACGCGAACUUGGUCUUGUCCGAUUAUCGGUUGUACAAUAAGGUCAACUAUUAGUCCGCCAAUUAGACAACAAUUAAGUUGCAAUAGUUUUAAUCAAGAGGAAAUUAUUUACAAUGUAGAUAUAACUCGUAACAUCGCCAUCGUUUGCGGUGGUAAAAGUGAUACACAGUUAAAUCGAUCGUCGCAAAAUUUGACUUCUUUUGUCUCUACUUCACUUCCAAACAUUCACCUUAUCCUGGAUGAAGAUUCUAUACCUUUAACUCCACCACCGCCAUUUUCAUCAUCAUCAUUAUCACACAAUUCUCCUAAAUUGGUGACGAUUUCAUCAACGAUAAAACCUUUUUCAUCAUCUCCUUCAGUUCCAAAUAAAACUCCCUUAGCGAUGUCCAGUGUUACGAUCGAUGGUCGCACCAGGGAAUCAUCAGUAUCAUCAUCAUCCGGUUCAUCAUCAUCAGUGCUUCCCAAAAUGAUUUUUAUCAACAACCUGGCUUCAGCUUUGGGCCUAGAACCAGGUAACAAUAAUGCUCAAGCAAAGGAUUCCAGUAAUGAAAAGCUUAUCAAACCCCAAGGCAAUAAAAGUGAUGAAAUUGAAUUAAUUGUUGAACAAGUUGAAGAGAUUGAAAUAGUCGAGGAAGAGGAAGAGGAAACUGAAGAAGAUGAACAAGUCCAAGUCAAAUAUGAAAAAGAAUCGAAAGAAAUAAAAGAAGUUGAUAAAAAGAGAGAAGAGAUUAUCAUCAUUGAAGAAGAAGAAGAUGCUGAUGACGAUGAUGAUGAUGAUGAUGAUGACGAUGAUGACGACGACGAAGAAGAGGAAGAGGUGGAAAUUGUAGAAUUGGUUGAAUAUACGGAGAAAAGAUUCUCUUUGGAUGAUAAUUUAACCUUAGAAAAUGUCGAAACCUCAAAUAGGAAUGAAUAUAAGCUCGAAACUAUGAUCGAUUCAAAAGCAAUUAGCGGUUCUCGGUCAGCUGAUGGAACCUUGAUCGCUGCUGGUGAUGGAAACGGACAAAACAAAUCUAGUCAAUCAAAUGUGAUUAAAAAUCCUUCAUCUUCAUCCACCGUUGAUUUAGAUGAGGCUGAUUCAUGUGAUGCCGAUAAUAAUGAAGUCUGUGGUAAUAAUAAUAAUCAUAAGCGUAACACAUUAAAUGAAGUGCCCUCGUUCCCAUAUAGACGUCGACGACGUCGACCCGAAGUGGUCAAUGGUGAUGAUAAUAAUAAUCUAAACAAAGAUGAUAAUAGUAAUCCAAAUGCUAAUGUUAAUCCAAUUCCACCGGUUGUUGGUCCUCCUCCAGAUUACAUCGUUCCAUCAGCAAGGCGAAGAAGAUAUCGACCUUUGUCUGCACAAGACUUUCAAGAUGAUGACAAUUGAGAGAGAGAAAAACAAUUAAAAUGUCAACAAUUAAUAUUUUUUUCUUGUUUUAAUUUCGCUUUUCCCAUUUCGUUUGUUUAUGUUGAUUCACUUUCACUGGUCAUCUCUUUUAACGAACUAAAUUUUUACCUAUUUAACAUUUAGUAUUUACACUGACGAAUGUUGAUAAACAGAAAAGGAAAAAAUGAUAAAUUAAUCAAGAGAAAAAAAGAGAAAUCAUCAUGAAAAAAAAAAAGAAUCAAGAAUUUUUAUCGAACUUUAUUUUAGUUCUCUUCCCAUUCAUCUUUAUCUUUUCAUCAUCUUUAUCUUUAUCUUUAUCUUCUUCUUUACUUUCUUUCCCAUCCCAAGAAAAAGAAGUCAAAGACUUGAGUGUAUCAAUUUCUAAUUGACACUUCUAAAGAUGGAAAAUAUCAUCACCAUUAUCACCAAAGGUCCUUCUCACUCACAUCCUUUCUCUAUCUCUCUUUUUCUCUCUCUCAAUUCAUCUAUUUAUCUCUCACUCUCACUCUCACUCUAUGGAAACGGAAACGAUUAAGAUGGAGACGAUAUCGUGAAUCAUCAUGAAGAAAAUCAACUGGAAGAUUAAAACACCUAAUAGAUUAUUGGAAAUUAAUCCAAUUCAGACAAUAGACAAUGGCCUUUAUUUUAAAAAAACAAAUCAAAUGGGAAAAAAGCAAAUCAACUUUUCAAUUUGAUUGAUCAUUUUGGAGAUAAUUAAUGUGACAAUUAAUAGACGAUACUGAUGGUCAGUAGUGGAAUUAAAAUCCACAGGAUGAUCCAAGAAAUCUCCCUGAAAAUCCUGAAACUUAAUUUUUUUCUCAAUUGUGAUCUCGAAUCUCUGUACCUUGGAUUAUGUUUUUGCCUUUUAAACUGAACUUUUUUGUUGAACUUUUUAUUUCCAAAUGAAAAACAAACAAACUAAACCCUCAAUUUAGUUAAUUAAUCUGAUCACUAUAUUGUUAUUUUGGAUUAACUGAGAAAACAAUGUUUCAAUAUAUUGUUUUUGCUCUGAAAGGCUAAAACUUUUUUGAUUGAAUAAAGUUGAUUAUCAUUAAAUAAUGUUAAACAAUUACAA